UUCUAGGUAGCGAAAAUAGACUGCUUCUGGCCAUCGAGUAGUUCACAGCUGACCAGUGCCUGCUAAGGACUCAGGAACUGGCUAUAAUUCUGAGAGGAGCUGCUUCAGGAGCUGAAGAGCUUCCUUGGCAGCCACGACUCAGAGGAGUUCGGGGAGCAAAAGGACAAAGUUGAUACUGACCAGAGGAUCCCCGAUUGUCAGGAUUCCCAUCGUCCUUCUAGAUGUUGACCUUCAGGAUGAGGGGUGCCAGGCUGAUGGGGGCGCUGCUCGCCCUGGCUGGCCUACUGCAUGUGGCCCUGUCCCUGAGAAUAGCAGCCUUCAACAUCCGCACUUUUGGGGAGACCAAGAUGUCCAAUGCCACUCUCUCCAACUACAUCGUGAAGAUCCUGAGUCGCUACGAUAUUGCUGUCAUCCAGGAGGUCAGAGACAGCCACCUGACAGCCGUGGGAAGGCUGCUGGACAUACUCAAUCAGGAUGACCCAAACGCCUUCCAUUACGUGGUCAGCGAGCCGCUGGGACGCAACAGCUACAAGGAACGCUACCUCUACGUGUUCAGACCCGACCAGGUGUCCGUGCUGGACAGCUACCAGUAUGACGACGGCUGCGAGCCCUGCGGGAACGACACCUUCAGCCGCGAGCCCGCCAUCGUCAGGUUCUUCUCCCCACUCACUGAGGUGAGAGAGUUUGCCAUCGUUCCCCUGCACGCGGCCCCCCUGGACGCGGUGGCCGAGAUGGACUCUCUCUACGACGUCUACCUGGAUGUGCGGCAGAAGUGGGACCUGGAGGACGUCAUGCUCAUGGGCGACUUCAACGCCGGCUGCAGCUACGUGGUCCCCUCCCAGUGGUCAUCCAUCCGCCUGCGCACGAGCCCUGCCUUCCAGUGGCUGAUCCCGGACACCGCAGACACCACGGCCACCUCUACGCGCUGCGCUUACGACAGGAUCGUGGUGGCAGGCACCCUGCUCCAGCACGCCAUCGUCCCGGACUCGGCCACCCCCUUUAACUUCCAAGCUGCAUUUGGCCUGAGCAACCAGCUGGCCCAGGCCAUCAGUGACCAUUACCCAGUGGAGGUGACACUAAAGAGAGCCUGAUGUGAGUGGGGCCCCAGCUUGUCUGUCGCUAUGGUCAAGCGCUGGGCCUAAGGUUUCCCCUGAGCACUCUCUCCCCACGGCACCUGGAAUCUGUGCAAGGACAGAAGUGGGCUUUUUGUCACUAUUUCCAGUUCCACUGUGAGCAGGGGGUUGUGGAAACAGAGCCCCCUACCCACCUCCUCUGUCCGGACAAAAAACUUAAUACUUAGAUUAAGAAAUACCUUUAAUUUAAGUAAAUAAAGCACAAUCAAAGGGGAUGUUCUCA